AUGUUCCUUGCUGUCAAGGUGUUCUUGGUCUGCUUGGCCAUUCAGCCAAUGGCCUUGACUGAUAGUGAGGAGCCACUUUACAAGGCUUUCGUAACCGUUGCACAAACCAACCAAACCAUCGUGUACAACAAUUUGAAAGCGUAUGCCAGCGCUACCAAAAAUCUGUUCGAAUACGAUGCUAAACUUCCGGGCGCAAAUUUCAAAAACUUCUACUGGAUGAACCCGUGCUACUUAGACUACUACGCUUCUAACGCAACCUACGUGGUUUUCUGGCUCAAAGAUCGUGUUGUGUACUGCGAGUCGGUGAAGAAAGUGUAUGGUAGUGUUGAGCUAAGAUUCCCCGCACAAUACCUAAUGAGAGUGGAGCGUGCCGGGAUAAGAUGCCCAAAUGCCACCAGCACUUAA